AAAGGGAAAAAAGAAAAUAUAAAGUUACAUUUCAGCGCUUUUGCAAAUAAAAGUCUAAACACGAAAGAACGAAACCAACCCAAAAACCCCUUCCUUCCUUCAUAGCCAUUCCCUCCCUCCAGAUUGAUUUUCUCUCUAUUUCUCUCUGUGUCUGAGGAGUUAAGGUUGAGGUAGAGGAAGAAAGAAGCAGUAAGAAUUGAAUGGAGUCGACGGAGUCAUCUUACGUGUCGUCCCCGGAGGCACCGCGGAAGCGGUCUCCGCCACCGCCUAAAUCGCCUACUGGUUCAGAAUCUUUGGAGAGGCCUACAUACAUUAGGUUUCUUGUAUCAAAUGCUGCAGCUGGUUCUGUUAUUGGAAAGGGUGGGGCAACAAUCACUGAAUUUCAAUCAACAUCUGGAGCACGAAUUCAGCUGUCACGCAAUCAUGAAUUUUUCCCUGGAACAACUGAUAGGAUCAUUAUGAUAUCUGCAACAAUAAAUGAAGUUCUUAAGGCAAUGGAACUUGUUCUUGCUAAGUUGCUGAGUGAGCUUGCUGCUGAAGAAAGCAAUGAUGUGGACCCAAGAACUAAAGUGAGACUAGUUGUUCCAAAUAGUUCUUGUGGCGGCAUAAUUGGGAAGGGAGGAUCUACUAUAAAGUCUUUUAUUGAGGAGUCACAAGCGGGCAUCAAGAUAUCUCCCCAGGAUAAUAAUUAUCUUGGAUUAAAUGACAGGCUGGUAACAGUUACAGGAACUCUUGAUGAACAGAUGCGAGCAAUUGAUCUGAUUCUUUCUAAGUUAGCUGAAGACCCUCAUUACACACAGUCUAUGAAUGCACCAUUUUCUUAUCCAGGUGUUUUCUUCUCGGGUUUUCAUGGUACUCCAUAUACACAUGUGCUUCCUUCUGUUGCAACAGCAUCUUACAAUUUAACGAGCUAUGGACCAAAUGGCGGUGGAGGAAAGUUUCAGAAUAACAAGGAGGACCGAAGUAAUUCGGUAACUAUUGGUGUUUCUGAUGAGCAUAUUGGAUUUGUUGUUGGACGUGGUGGAAGGAAUAUUAUAGAGAUCAGUCAGGCAAGUGGUGCCAGGAUUAAGAUCUCAGAUCGGGGCGAUUUCUUGUCUGGAACAACUGAUAGGAAAGUGACAAUCACCGGGUCCCAGAGGGCAAUCCGGACAGCUGAGUCGAUGAUAAUGCAGAAAGUUUCCUAUGCAUCAGAGAGGGUAGCGGUGGAAUAAUUUCUCCAAGUAAUGCAAUUCAUUCUUUCUGAGAAUCUUUUGGUGGACCUGAUUUGGAGAUUUAUAUACAGUUGGUCAUUUAAAAUGUGUCCACUUACAUGAUAUGAUAAAUUGAUAAAAACAACCGAAAUACUUUUGUAGGGUCGAGAAGGGGGAAAUUUUUGCUUUCCUUAUAGAGUUGUAUGAGAUCAGGACUUGAAAUGUUGGAAGAGAGAGGGCAUUGUAGUUGACCAAAUAGAAUGAUUAGGUUUUGAUUUAUUUAUUUAUACAGUUGUAACUUUGAAAGUAAGCACAGGGUAUUGUUUGGUCUAAUGUUGGUUGAAUUUUUUUUUUUAGAUUGACGUAACACUUUGUGUUAUUCUAAAGGAACAAGUUGUUUUCACCAUUCAUUUACUUCAAUUAUGAUUUUGUGAUGUCUA